AUGAAGACCAUUUUGUUCCUGGGGCUCAUCCUCUUUGCAGUGCUGCAACUGCCCAGGGCUGAAGGCAAGACUUUUGGGAGAUGCGAGCUGGCGAGGGUCCUGUGGCAGAAUGGCUUUGAGGGGUACAUAGGUCACAAAACGGCUGACUGGGUCUGCCUGGCGCAACACGAGAGCGGAUAUCAAACUGACGCUGUGCAUGACAACGGCAGCAGCCGCGACUACGGAAUCUUCCAGAUCAAUAGCCAGUAUUGGUGUGAUGACGGCAGGACUCCCGGUACCGAGAAUGCCUGCCGAAUCUCCUGCAGCAAAUUUCUGGAUGAUAACAUUAAAGAUGAUAUGCGCUGUGCCAAGAAGAUUGCCCUGGAAGCCGGAGGCCUGACCCCCUGGGAGGCUUGGCACAGGUAUUGCCAGCGAAAUGUUGAUCGCUACGUCCGGGGCUGCUGA